AUGGAUUAAUAAACAUAGCCUGUGUAAAUUUCUUUUGGUGAAUAAAAUUGCAGAUGUGUUUCAAACAUUGUAUUCAACAAGAGACAUGUAUUCGCUGUUGGAACUUGGAAUGCUAAGAAAAAUAAUGAAGUAAUAAUGAAUUUUUAAUUAUAUUUACAGAUAUAUGUGAAUGAAUAUUUAGAAUUAGAAUAAAAGAUUGUCUAAUUGCAUAAAAUACCAAUAAAUGGAAUGAUAGAGAAAAUCAUAGCAAAAAAAGAAUAAUUAUAUGUUAUCUAUAUUGAUCGUAUUAACUAAAAUUAAAAUGUAGCAUAAUAAAGAAAGACAAAACUUUGUUGUAUAGAAUUGGCUGAUAAUGGAAAAUAUUAAGUAAAUUUUGAUUUGUUGUAUGAAGGAUUGACUAAGUAAUAUUUUUAAUUUUAAUUUAUUAGUGUCAUUUGUCCUGAAGAUGAUCCAAUUAUUUAUUUGAGUUCUAAUAAAUCCAUUAUUUAAUUUGAUUUGAAUAAAUAAUCAUUUGAUAAUAUUAUUGAUGACAAUGAUCUCUAUAAUUUAUGUGAAUAAGAUCCACAUCAUAAGAAUUUAUUUGUUAGAUCCUAAAAUAAUUAUCUAUGCAUUUAAGAUACUAGAGAAAAAAAGUAAUUAAAAAUAUAAUCAUUAGAGUAACUAAAUUCAAAGCACAUAGUCUUUAAAUAUUAGAUAUAGAUUUUAAUCCUAAUAAAUAAUAUUAUUUAAUAACUGGUGGUGAAGAUUGUUUAGCUAAAGUUUGGGAUAUUCGUAAAACAUAAUAUGCAAUUAAAUCAUUUGAAGAUUUAUAGAAUUCAGUUUUAUAAGCAAAAUUUAAUAAAUUCCAUGAUUAAUUAGUUUCAUUAUCAUGUAAUUUUAAUAUCUAUAUAUCUAGUUGAUGAUGGCACUAUUUCAUUAUAUAAUAUUACAUCUGUUUCCUCUGUUCCUUAAUUAAAUAAGGAAGAUGAUUAUUUGGUUAAAUAGUAUGAUGAACAUGAAGACUCUAUUUAUGGAUUAAGUUGGUCAAGAGGAACUGCAUGGGUUUUAGCAUCAAUAGGUUAUAGUGGUCAUAUGAUAAUAAAUACAGUUCCAACAACUGAGAAAUAUAAAAUAUUAUUGUGAA